UGGUAUCCGCAAUGGAUUCGCGAACAAGUCGCUAACAUGCCCUCUGAAUUUAAGCAUUCAAUCCCGGAUAUUCGCAUUACAUAUGACGAAAUCGCCAAACACGCGAAAGCCGAUCACAGUCUGGACAGGAUUGCACACAACUUGCUUCAGCGCCGGAUGAUUGUUCCAGAAAACGAGCUUGACGCGACAAGACUCGCCCAGACGAUUGUUUUCAUGAUUUUGGGCUGGCAAAGCAUGCUCUAUUAAGCGGAUAUCUCGAAGCCGUCGGGGCCUCUAGCUAUUACAGAUGUUCUCGACGGUUACCGGAGCCAUUCCUUCUUCAGACUUUGUCCAGAUGAGCUUGAUGUCAAGCGUCCAAUCGCUAGCACUCUGCUUGAAUUUGGGCUGAUGUUGCCGAAAGUAGAUUCCUGCACAUGCGAAGAAGCAGAAGAUCGUGAAGCAUGGGAGAAGGCUCAGAUUGUGACACCCGCGUCGCUCAAUGCCGCGGCACUGUCAGAUCUCGCCAACUUCAAAUUCAAGUGGGUGGACACAAUUGCACCACAUUUAGAAUUGGAUAAAGCGACCAACACCAUCUUCUUAUAUCGAUGGCCGUCAUUUUGCCUAGCACACACAUGUUGCUCUGGAGAUCACGCUCUUGACAGCGUUCUACACAGUUUCGCAUCCAAAGAUGAAUACAGAGGGUCGUGGGCUCGACCCGAAGAAGUGACACAGCUUUUGAAAGAAAUCGUUUUGUCGUACCGAUUACUCUUCGGCCAAGACCAACAAUCCAGAAGAUUUUACAAGAAGCACUUCUCUAAUAGUCGACUUCCAACAUAUCAGCCCGACGAGCUACUUCUCAAUUUAUGUACAAAGACUGGAGGACUCCCGGAGACUCUUGGGCCAGACCGAGAGUCUUACAGAUUAUCGCGCGACUUUCCGAUUUUGCGUCAGCGAAUCGCGAUCUUACAACAUCAACUCUCUAGCGUUAGACCUCGAGGUUGGCUCGCCAUGUGGCGUGAUAAGAGAGAUCGUGCGCAGUGGUAUACAUGUUGGGCUGUCAUCAUGUUCGGUAGUCUGGCGACCUUCUUGGCGCUGCUGCAGACUAUUAUGCAAGGUAUUCAGACAUUCUCAUCGCACGUAUAAUUCUUAUGGAGCCUAUGGAAGGAUGCAGACAUGGCUUGCGAGUGAAACGAUUUUUACAAUAUAGAUAGUAACGUUUGAAAAA